AUGAGGAGGGGUUUCACUGUGGCCCACCUGGCAGCACUCAGCCGGCCUCUCCGUGUGACCGGCUCUCAGCUGACAGGUGUCGCAGGGCAGAGGAGGCAGCUGUGCUCAGGUCUCUCCUUUAUGAGAAGCACCAGCCCACACGCUCCUGGCAACAUCCACGUAUUGCCCUCCACAACCUCUGCUAAUGUGUCCUGGGAACCAGGAUAUGAUGGCGGCUUCGAACAGACAUUUUCUGUGUGGUACGGUCCAGUGUCAAAAAGAACAGACUUUGGGCCUCACGACUGGCACUCCAUGCCAGUUUCUGGGGCUCAGACGUGGUUGGUGGUGACAGGGCUGGAGGCCGGGACAGAGUACCAGUUCAGUGUGUUGGCGCAGAACAAACUGGGCACGGGCCCAUUCAGCCAAGUUGUGACAGUCAACACUUUAGGCUCUCCUCUGGGUACCCCAGAACCACUGGUGCUUCUUACUCCACCACGGUGCCUAACAGCCAAUCGCACGCAGCACGGUGUCCUCCUCACAUGGCUCCCUCCAGGUAACCACUCCUCGCCCAUCGACCGAUAUAUCAUGGAGUUCCGCCUCGGGGAGAGGUGGGAGGUUCUGGAUGACCUGAUCCCGUCCACCGAGACCGAGCUCAUAGCCAGAGACCUCGUUCAGGAGUCCUGGUAUGAGUUUCGGGUGAUGGCUGUCAUGGAUGACCUGAUCAGUGAAAGCAGCAAUGUAGUGGGAGUGUCGAGCACCGAUCCCUUCCCUCCUGCGGAGUUGCCUGAUGAGGGGCUGGCGCGGCCGGUGGUGGCGGGUGUUGUGGCAACUAUCUGUUUUCUGGCAGCAGCAGUACUGUUCAGCACUCUAGCAGCUUGCUUUGUCAAUAAGCAACACCGUCGCAAACUGAAGCGUAAACCAGAUCCUCCCUUGUCGGUGACACACUUCAGGAAAAGCAUUGAGUCACCGCCUCCUCUCACCCCCUUGCCAGGGGUAGAGCCCUGCUGGGAUGAGCCUGCCAGGAGCAGUUUCUUGCCCCCGCCCGCCAGCCCCCUGUUAUCAUCUGGGAAAAUAAGUCCAGAGAGCUCUCCUCCAUCUAGGCCCCGCUCUCUUUCUUCAGACGGGUCCCAGGGCCCGGGGCUGUACGUCAGGAAGCUGCCCAGCCCUCUGAGGGAUCGAGAAAAAGAGCUCUCCUUCUACAAGAAAACCAAGCGUGCCAUAGCCAGCAAGAAAUACAGUGUGUCAAAGUAUGAGUCAGAGGUCACCACGCCUAUUGAGCUGAUAAGCCGCGGCCCUGAUGGCCGCUUCACCAUGGAAAGCCCACCGGCCCGCCGCAUCCACGGCUUCCCCUUCGCAGAGGAGUCUGACAUGUACCCCGAGUUCCGGCAGUCUGAUGAGGAGAAUGAUUUUGACCCAGGGCCUUUGCCGCCCAUCAUGCCCACGCUGCGGCCCCAGCUCUCCCCAACGUCCUCCAGCCUGGAGUCAACGCAGCCCCCCAACUACAGCCCCCGCCUCCACAGGGCCAUGGAAGGUAUGAGCUUUGCAGAGGGCAGUGCACUUCACGCCUCAGGGCAGGCCCCGGCCUCCCGCUACAGGGGCUUUCCCCAGGGCCCGUUCUAUGGGUAUCUAGGCAGCCGCAUUGAAUCAGGGAUUCCACCACCAUUCUACAUGCCUGACAUCAGCCCGCGCAGCUCUGCUCUGUCCUCCCCCCCAGGCACCGCCGAGGGUCCCUUUGGUUACCCCUCCAUCCCUGAGGAGAGUGGCGAGAUGGAGCACCAUCAGUACACUGCCUCUGGCCAUUCUCUGUCGCACACACACAGCCCUCCGUGCUCCCCUGACAGCUGGCAGCCUCAUGAGUUACCCUUCCUGGGUCUAGAGGGCCCACGGUUCAUAUACCCGCCUCACCAUCCCUUGCAUCAUUCCCAGGACCUCCCUGAUCCACCCCCAUACCCUCCUCACUCUCACCCCCACGGUCGCCUGCACCUCUCUUCCCUAAAGGACCCAUCAAGCCCUGGCCUCCUGCAGUUGGAGGUCCCUAUGGCUCCCCAAGGCAGAGACCGGCCCAUGGGGCCCCCGGUUAGGCGUUUAACUAUGCAACAGGCCCAGAGUCUCGGCCAUCUCAGACACACGGCCCACGGUGUGGGUGUACCAGUGUUGCCUUACCCUGACCCGGCAGCCCGUGCAGGGAGCCCAAGCACAGCCCCCAGUAGUAGCCCUCAGUCCUGGCUCAGCCCGAGAGCGCAUCGCCGGGCAGACCCCAGCCUACCCCCAUUAGUACUCCAGCCCUCCCGCCUCUCUCCACUCUCCCAAAGCCCCCUUAGCACCCAGCCAGGUUCCCCAGAUAUCCUAGUGCGGCCCCCUCCCCGCCCCAGCAUCCUCCGCACCUCUCGGUCUCUGGAGAUGCAUGAAAUCUCCCUGCAGCCCACUGUCAGUUUCUCCCGGAGGUCUUCCCCGUCCGCCUCUCCCACUCAGAGCCAUGCCACCAGGCAACCCAGCCCCAGUUACCACGCCCACAUGUCCUAUGCCUCCACUGCAGCCAGUUACCCCUCCCAGUCCCCCUCUCCCCCUCUGGAGGGCAGGGAUGUGUUCGGGCAGAGGCCGUCCCAGAGAAGGACGGAGGAGGAGAUGCUGCCCUCAGAGCCCUCUCAGCUCCAGAUAUCAGCCUCAGGAGAACUUCUAGGUGCGUCUAGUGAUCCUGCCGGGUCUGAGAGCUUACCAGCACUGCUACACCACUGUAUUACUAAAGCCAAGGGAGGGGCUGCCAACAACAAUAACAACACAACCUCCGUAAGAAGAACAGGUGUGUGUCCCUCUCAGACCCAGCAGCAAUCUCAGACCCCCCAAGAGGGAGAGGAUCUCCACAGAAAGAGGAAAAGGCAAAACAAGAAGAACCCCUAUGUCUAUUUGACCUCCUUCCUGCACCGCAGGCAGUCUGAGGAUGACCAGACAGGCAUACUGGCCAGUGCAGACUCCGAGGGCCCAAAUUACGGCACUCUACGCUGACCCGUGUGCCCCCAAGCCAUUGGACUAGACUGAACCCACCUCAGCCCUCCCUGCUCCACCCCGGGCUCUAGCUAACACAUUUCUUAUAAUCUCUAAAAGUUCAUCAGGGCUGGGCAGCGAGAAACAUCCAGCUGAAAACUCCGGGGGUUGAAAAUCUCAUUUGAAGUCAAGAACAAUGGCUUUUCUGACUUGGCACCACCACUUGUCUCUGAGGAAUUUCACUUGAAAACAUUUCAAACAUAUAUAAUGUAUAUAAAUAGUAAAAACAAGGGAAUUAAGCUUCCUUCUACAGUAAUAAAAAUGUGUUGGUUGAGUAUGUCACAACACGUAAAAGAUUUUUCACUCACUGGUCAUUGAUAGGUCCAUAUCUUUAGGUUUUCCAGUGAUACAGUGUACUGUGAAACCUGGUGCGUCCUCGGACAUGGACAUGGGUCUACCUUUCCUACAAUACAAAUAGCGUCAAUAUUAAAACACAGGGUUCUUACCACAAAAUAUACCUCAGAGUAAACGCAGAGUUGCUGUAAAUCUUUGGGUAUACUGUAAGUACUUGACCUUUUUACAUAUGAAACGUAUGGAUUAAAAGGUUUAUAUCACACGCCGCACUCAUUCAGACAGAUAAUAUGGCCUAACUUGAUCUAAUUUAGCUUUUUACUAUCGAUAAUAGCUGGAAUUUUGUGUUUAUUUUCAUGUAUGAUUCAAUGCCAACCAUUAGAGGACUGUCUUAAUUGUUAUGCUUGAUGGCUGAGUGUGUUUACACUUAUCAUUAAAGCACCAAAUUAAGAACAAGAUCAUAGCCUUCAUGAGAGCUCUCAAAAUAAUUUGGGGCUUACACGAUCAACAGAGGUUGGACUUUAGGUUUAGAAGAACAGGGUGAUGAAUUGUGAAGUGUACUGUAGUAUGUAUUUCAUUAUUAAGAAAAUCAUUUGUGGAACGUGGCACGUCUCUAGGUGCCUUUUUUUGCCUUUUUCUCUUGUUUUUUCUAACAUAAACUGCCUUUUCCUUCGCCUUCUCAUAUUUGUCUCUUCUGGAGGUUGGAAGUGAGAGACUUUAAUAGUAUGUGUGUUUUUACUUUCUCUGCCAAGGACACAUUAGAGAAAAUGCUACAGAGAAUGCAUAACUUCUUUGUUGUUUUUUACAUUUAUAUUUUAAAUGGGUACCUGCUUCAACUUUGUGUAUCCGAGUAAUAGUACAGAACCAGAUUACCCAUACAAAAAAACACCAAUUAAAAUAAAAAAGGCAAGUAAAUCCAAUAAAUACCACUUUAUCUUCAAGUACAAGAGCAUUGUGCAUGAGUUUUCAUGCGUAACUAGUAGGAUGUUAAUGUUUAACGACAGCUGUUAGAGGAGAAUGUGAUUUAUUCAUGAAGCGGUUAACAAGCAAUGGGAAACACUCUAACAAUGGCCACCCUGACUGUUUAUCUUUAACAACUGUAUAUUACUUGCUAGCUACUUCUCUGUAUGUUUGUUAGUUUUUCGUCACUAACCGAUAAUGAAUGUAUGUUUUGCUGUACAGAAAACGAAUGUUCCGAUGUCAAAGUAUAUCGAAUGACCCAUUAAGUUGUUUAUAGAGCAGCUGCCAUUGGUGAGAUGUCCAGUUGGCAAAUUAAGUCCAAAUUGUUUAACUUCUCUGUGUUAUUGCUGCAUGAGGUAAUAACUAACAGCCCCACACAAGUCCUGAGCCAAGCUCCCUUUCCCUCUGAUGGCUACAAAAAAAACAUUUCCUUUUUACUGCUAAUGCUAGUUCAAUCACUCAAAAACAUAUCAGCUAUAUUUCCAUCUGCUACAAACAAAUCAGAGGUUUCCGACAAAUAUCCACAUGAAUGAAUCGACUCAAUGUCUGCUUAUUGAAAUCUCUUUUGACAAGUGAGAGAGUGAUGAUUGCCUGAAAGUGAAAGUGCAUAUUCUACUUUAACAAAUUGGUUUCAUGUAAGAUACGAGUAAAACAAAAAAAGAUCUAUAUUUGUUAUGUACAUGGUAUGUAUUGUAUUUGUAAAGAUUAAUCAAACCAUGUUUUACAGGAAGACGUUCUUGUAUGAGGAUGUAUGAAAAGACGGGAAGAAUCCCUAGGAAAAAUAAAUUAGAUUAUAUAUAAAAGUAUUUGCUUACAGUACGGCUUUAAGCGGAUAAUGUUUCUAAAACAUUUUAAGGUGCCUCAUUUGUUAUACUUUAGCAGACAUUAUUUUAUCUGAGAAGAAAAGAAAACCUUAAUGUUAGUACCGUACGAUGUAUUAUUGCCAUAGCCCGCUGGCUGCACAAGUUAAGUAGUAUUUUCUCUGAUGUAUAGUACGUGAAUGCCCUUUGGAAAAAGCUUUAGAAGCAGACGUGUGUUGCCCUCUAUAACAAUAUUCUUGGAACAAAGUAAUACUCUUAGAUUUAUCCAGAUCUUUCGCCUUCAGGUGUCCUAAGCAAAUAAACGGAAGGAAACUUUUUUCUAAGCGUCACAGACAUGCUCUCGUCAUGUACAAUACGUGCUGUGGAGGAAACUGUGUUUACAUUAGUUUGAUGAAGAAAAGUGUGUUAGGGCAUAGUUGCUUUGAACAUUACGACUUGGUGCUAUGUUUAACUUUGUGGUGCUGUAGAAUAGAGGUCUAAAGAUUUUUUGUUCUGUUUUCACAAGUAGGCCCUGUGUGUUUGAGCAACUAAACUAGCUCCGGUAGACUCUAUAGGUCCUUAUAACAGUAUCAUGGUGUGAUGACAGUGAUAGACAAUACUGGAAAAAUAGUAGUAUAACCUCGAGUAAUAGAGACAUGUGACAUUCAAAUGAACUCCUGUUUUCUAUAGUGUGUUUGCAAUGUCUGUCUGUGCUUCCAAGGUACCCUCUCUAAAGUAUAUUUGUGAUGAUACUGACAAUAUUAACCAAGCCUAAAAAGAGAACCUGGUUUAAAUUAGUACACAGCCGCAGGACACAUGAGAGGGAAUCUGAGAGCAAUGUCAGGUCGCGAGGGGAUCUUUUCUACACACUUCCUGUAGGUCCGCCAUCUUUGGUUAACAGCACUGUUUUUCAAGCACACUAUCUGCAGGGGCGUAACCGUCUCAUGUCAUCACCACUUUUCUGACCGUAGAAAUACUACUAGUACUGUACAGUAUGGCCACGAGUAGCCAUCAGACCACAUUUGUAUGUAAUACUGAUUCUCCUGGUUGAAAGGUGUUGGGAAAGCUCAUACAUCCUCUCUGGGUUUAAAACGAAUGGAUGUUGUCUUCCGGGCUCUUUUUUUGCAUAUUCAACAGAAACAUGUAGCCUACAGCGUUUAAGAGGGCUGCUUUGGACGUACUGUUAGCUCGUUUUUUUUGUUUCCUUUUCGAUUUUUCUGCUUACAGCUUUUAGUGCAUCACUAGGUGCUGGUAGGAUGAUACUUAGAACCAUUUUGAUUUUUUAUUGUAUUAAUCUUGCAUGUAGAGACAAUACAAGAAAACGCCUACUGUAUUUAGCAAUCAUUCAUGGACAUCCGAGCUGGUUGUUAUUGGACGGAAAAUAGAAAUAUGUAGUAUUUUCUAUAUUCUCUGUUUUUUCAUGUGUACCAGCACUGAGAAACUAGAAUGUAUUAUUAUCGUAGGCUACAAUAAGCACUACAUCGUUGACUGUUUUAGCUAUUGCUCAUACUCAAGCAAACCAAGUAGUGCUUAAAAAGGAAGAAAAUUGACUACAUUUAAUUUCAUUUUCAUCCACUGAACUCUGUGCUGUUCAUCACAUGUUUACAUUCUGUAUUAUAUGUUGUUUAUUGUUUUUUUUGUACAUAGUUUGUCUCCAUAAUGGUCUUUAAGUUGUAUUCAACACUGUUCAUAUGUAAAUAUUUCCCAACAUUUUUUUUUACUUUUCUCUGUUUUAAAAUGAUAACCUGAUGUCCCUUUUUUGUGUUCAGUUUUUAGACUUGUAUUUCCGUUAUGUCACCACAUCAGGUAUAACGCUUCACUUAACUUUUUGUGAGCAAUUAACUCAUACUGUAUGGUGCUGUACCAAAGCCUUAUGUAUAAUAUUUGUAUUACUUUAUCUCUUGUUUGCCACUGCUGUCCAGUGAGUUCUGUAUCAUCUGAGAUCAUGUCUUACUCACUCUUCAUGUUCAACUGCCAUGGAUCUCAUUUCUUUAUUGAGUAAACAGAAACCUGAACGAACUAUGAUGUAAAAACUCUGGCCUGUAACCAACUGGCCUGGAUAUGACAGUCGCCAUCAAAAGCCUUUGUAAGGAGAAACACACAGGCUCACUGCUGGUGGCUCAUUGUGACGUAGACAUGGGCCUAGCACAUGAUCUAUGCUCUAUAUAUGGCAUGUCUAUGAGAAUAUGAAAACAGUGUUGUAUUCAUGUCACCAUAUCAUUUCAAAAAUGCUUAGUCCCAUACGAAAUUUUCCUCUCAAAUUUUUGUAUUUUGAUAUAAUAAAAAAAUCAAAAGAG